UGUAGGUUAACGAAUAUGUUGAAACAGCCUUCUAGUCCAAUUCAGCAUCCCCUUCAGUGUUCGGUCGUCCUGUCAAGCCAAGGUUUAGCUGCCAUACGUUGGACGUCACAUUACCGCACACCACGGAUUCUGGUCAUACACCCGCCCUUUGUGCGCCCAGAUGGCAAGUCCGCCCCCCGUAUUGAAUGUUCAUACACCAUCUUCAUCGUUCGCCGUGAUCCACUCCUUCAAUGAAGAAAAUCUCGGCCAGCUGUUCGAAAAGCUCUCCAGGAAGUCGAAUACAGAGUUCCAUGGCAGUUCGAUAGGCCCAGGCUGGGUCAAGUAUCAAUGGAAUGACUCCAUCUGGAAUCUGGAUGACGAUGGGGAUUAUACCAUUUUUGUUUGGCGCCAGAAAUCUCCAUCGUCCUCCGACAAAGAUCUAUCAAUGACAUCCACUCUCCAUGUACACGAUCCUACGCAGCCCCUCCCAAGCCCCUCUAGCUAUCGCAAUCCUUCGUACUACGUGUUUCAGCCCUCCAAAGCUCUGUCUCCUGAGCCUCAUUCUGCGCACAGUACCAAGUCUCGCAAAACGAAGGCCAGUAAACGCAAUGGCUCAGAGGUGGCAGAGGAGCCCCAAGGCGAACCACGGUAUAGGAAGGAUUUUGAGAGGUUCCACAGUGAAAAUGGCGUGCGGACUGUCAUGGGUAGUAUAGGCCCGGUAGAUAACGUCCGUAUGCUUCUCAAGAACGGCUACCGCAACGUUUACAUCUCUCGUAAAUUCGCGAUCAAACACGGCUUCAUACCCUCCGAUGCUGCCCCUGGUAAUUACGGAUACGGAGGAUUGGUGAAUCUCGGGAAGUGGCCUAUCACGCUCACACCUGCGUCUUCGUUCCCCAAUAUCUCGGUGCCCGUGUAUUUGUCGGAAGAACCUCACUUUGACGUUGUAUUGGGUCGUUCAUUCUUUGAGCGUCGACAGAUUAAGGUAUCUUCCACCGAUCCUACGGACGUUGUUUGUCUGGACACGGGAGAGAAAAUCGAAUGCGAGUUGGUCGUUCUGAAGGACGGCAAAGGAGAAAUUGUCAUCGUGACGUAGGUCGUAGUAUUGGCUGUUUCAGUUUCAUCUGCUUUUAUCAGAAAUGUGAUUAGAGAUACUUUGAUAGGACGCAAUCUGGGGUUUUUUUUCUUUAUUUCUUUUUGUACGGACGGUGUAUUUUGAUCGACUUUUGUAUCCUAUCUGGGUCUUUGCUUAUGAUGAUCUAUCUCUAA